ACCACCAAGGUGGAUAUUUACCUUGAUUUCAACAAUCCAUUUAAAUUUAUCUGAUAACAGUGAUAACAAUUAUAUAAAACGCUACACUCCAUUAUUCCAAGCGGAUAGCAUCAUUGUAAAAAUAUAUUUAAAAUUCAGAUUUCAAAACUUUUUCAGUUUAUUUUCACGUUUUAUGUAUAAAAAAUCUUAAAAAUUAUUUAAAAUUAAGUAUUGUAUAAUAUCUGCAUAUCAAUAUUCAAUAUGCAGUCGUCUCAGACUGGCAUGGUCGGUCAACCAAGCUUUAAUGUAGGGCCAGGUUUACAAUCGAAUAUACAGACACAGGUUCCUGGUCAACACAAUGUAUUGGUACCACAAGUUCCUCUAAAUCAAAAUCCCGUAGGUGUUGGUUCCGUUUCUCAGCCACCAGUACCACCUUCCAACCCAAAUCAGUCAGCAUCUGGUCAUCAAUUUAACACUGCAUCUUUGUGUCGAUUUGGACAAGAAACAGUACAAGAGAUAGUGUCUCGCACACACGAAGUUUUCCAGAUACUUAAGGUUCUAAUGCCACCAAAUGGUACUCCAACUGGUGCUAAUAUGAGUAAUGAAAGACGUAUUAAAAUGCAAGAUCAAUUGAGGAACAUAAAAUUACUAUUCAAACGACUAAGAAUUAUUUAUGAAAAAUGUAACGACAGUUGUCAAUUACAAGGUAUGGAGUAUAUGCAUAUAGAAGGACUAAUUCCACUCCAAGAAGAAUGGGAUAUGAAGUCCGAAGAAAGGAAAACUAGUGAAACUUACCGUGUUGCUAGCGAUGAAAUGAAAGAAGUAGCAGAACAAUUAAGUAAUAAGAAUAGACAUUUAAAAGAAAUAAUUGAUCACCUCCGACGAAUUAUAUGGGAAAUAAACACUAUGUUAGCAAUGAGAAGGUCUUAAUAUACUUAUUUAAUUAAGAUGGUGAACUUAAUUUUCAAAUAAAAUAUAUUAAUAAUCUUCCAAAUUUAUAAGAUAAUUUUAAGAUAAAGUAAAAUACAUGUGAAUAAU